GUUUGGAGCGCGACGCGCAUUAGUUAUAAAAAAAGGCCUUUUCUUGGUGCCGGAUUUGGGCAGUGUUGCCUUUACUCAAGCAACGAACAUCCUUCGAAAGUUGAAGGGAUAAGAAGAGAUGUAACGAAGGUGAGUUGCCUCGUAGAUGUCACUUUUCCCCCGGCUUACGCUGCAUUAUUGGCUACACAUAGCACUGUAAGAAACCCCGCCCGACUAUAUUCUCCUGUUUGGCCUUUCUUCUCCUGUCCUUUAUUGGGGAAUCCUUGCAAGCAUCCUUAGCCGCUCUCUUUUCAUUGUUCUUUUUUUUAUUUUAUUCGCAUCCUUUGGGUUCCUCAAACAGCCACAUAAAGCACAAAAUUCCCACAUAAUCGUGCUAUAAACGUGAGGGGUCCGUGCUAUUUGCAUAGGCUUAGAGAACUAAGAGAACCCACACGCCGGUAGCUUUUAUCAGGCCACGACAAAUGGAUGUGGAGAGUGUUCUUCGCAUGAAAGAAGGAUUGGGAGAGACAAGCUAUGCCCGGAAUUCUUCAAUUCAGUUUAGAAGAAGUUUACGGAUGCUGUGAAGCCUGUCAUCAUCGACGCAGCCAUCGACGCGUAUCUUUCGGAGACUCCCCGAUGUUUUAGAAUGGCGGAUUUGGGGUGCUCUUCAGGAACCAAUGCGUUAUCCCUGAUUGGUGAUGUUGUGAAUGGAAUUGAUGAGAGAUGCCAUGAGAAAACAAGGCAGGUGCCACAGUUCAUGGUGUUUCUUAAUGAUCUCCCCGGGAAUGAUUUCAACUCAAUUUUCGUUAGCUUCUCAGACUUUGGUAGGAGACUCAAGAAUGUUGGAAGGAGAGACGAGUCCCACUCGGUUUUCAUGGCUGGAGUUCCCGGGUCCUUCUAUGGGAGACUCUUUCCGAGCAAUAGCUUGCAUUUUAUUCACUCCGGUCACAGUUUGCAUUGGCUCUCCCAGGUUCCUCCUGGCAUUUUUAAUGAAGAAGGUAAAUCGAUGAAUACCAGGGAAAUAUACAUAUCUAAAACUAGCCCUCCUGCUAUAGCGAAAGCCUACCACCAGCAAUUUCAGAAAGAUUUUGGUUCGUUUCUCAAGUCCAGAUCAGAAGAACUGGUUUCUGAAGGACGAAUGGCAUUAAUUAUGUCAGGAAGGGACACCAAAGAGCCUUGCAAUAAGGGGACAACUCUCUUAUGGGAACUAUUGGCCAGAUCUCUUUCUAUCAUGGUUGCACAGGGAGAAAUCAGAGGAGAAGAUCUAGAACUAUAUAGUGCUCCAUUCUAUGCUCCAUCCCUGAAGGAAAUAGAAGAUGAAGUGCUGAGGGAAGGCUCCUUUAUGGUUGAAUACUUGGAGAUAUUUAAAGACAAAAUCGGCAGUGGAGAUGCCAAAAAGGAUGGAGUGGCUUUGGCAAAGGCAAUAAGAGCUAUACAGGAGCCAAUGCUAUGCCACCAUAUUGGUAGAGAAGCUAUUGAUCGUCUAUUUCACAUAUACAGUGAACUACUCCGUGAAGUAAUGGAGAAAGAGGAAAUAGUGGCAGUUUAUGCAAUUGUGGUUCUAAGAAGAUCACCUUGAAUUCUGAAAACAUUAAAGAGGAGUCAUCCUUAAAUAUGUCGCGAGCAAAUUAUAAAACCAUAGCCAAUAAUACCUCUUUGAGGUAGUUGAACAUGCCGACCUAUAUUACUUAAAUUGUAUAAUCCAAUGUGAAAAAACAAUAGUUUGUUAUCUGUUAGAGCGAAAAAGUGAUUGCGUCC